AUGUUUUACGGUGUGCUUCAAAUGGUUGUUGAAGCAUUUGAAGAGCUCGCCGCGUGGAAUCAAACUUCAAACCAUGCCGAACAAUUCUCAUCGAAUACCAUGUUGUCGGGUAUGAUAAUUGAACAAGAAAGCCGACAAUCAAUGAACAUGGCCAGCGGAAAUCCUGGAUUUCCGAACAUGACCAUUGCUGGCAGUAGCACAAUUGUCGAAGGGCCAGCGAUACAGCCUGCUCCAUUGCUAGCGCCAAUGUCUCGGACACAUCACACAUCGACAUUAAUGCCAGAUGACAUCUCUACGAUUUAUAUUAAGGGGAUCCCAUUUUGGAUGUUCUUUUACCGAUACGAUCCUGCACUUUUUUCGAAGCUUACAAAGACCCAGUUGAAGCAGCUGAAUUGUGACGCAUUGAAGAACACCAUCUCAGUGAUUGCACGCGUUCUCAAAAUUCAAAUCAACACGCGCUUCACAGGCGCCGAAGCAGAGAGACUCGUCGGCAUUGUGGAUCGUGUGACGUUCGGCGAAUUGCAAUUUACCACUCUCAAUGAAGACGAGUUGAUCAAAGUUAUCAAGUGGAUCGUCCGAAAUUUGCAGGCGAUGGUCGCCUGGAAGCUGAAAAGAACGAAUUGCGGAUUGGGAGCUCAACAAGUCUAA